UUUUUUUUUAUCAGUGUGCAAGAUGGACUGGCUGCAGACUUCAGUUCAUUGACAAAGACUCUUUAUGAUUUGCAUAAAGCUCAAGGGACAAAACUAGUUUGCGGAAGUCCUCUAAAAGAACUGGUGGUAGAAAACUUUGAUGAAGAACAGAUCUGGCAACAAAUAGAGCUACAGAAUAAUUCAGUUUUAGACUACUUCAAGAAAGCUGUUGAUAGAGAUGUUAAAGACAAAGAUCUCUACAUUUUCCCAGCCCAAGAAGAAGAGGACUUUGAGGCAGACUCUAGCAGUGAUAAACAAAUGGAACAGAAAAAUUGCAUGGAAACAGAACCUGCCUCUAUUGAACAUAAAAGUGAGGCUGAAGAAAAGCAAUGUAAAUCCAGAUCAAGGAAAAGGCAGAUAUGUAGUGAUGACGAUUCAGAUGUUGACUUUGAUAUUGAUGAGCUAGAGCAACAGGUUCAAAAGUUGAAGAAGCCAAUCUUGAAAAAAUCAAGUGAAAAGUCCAUAGUAGAUGAUAAAUUUUUCAGACUGGCUGAGAUGGAAGCCUUUUUGGAAGAUGUAGAGAAGGAAGAAGGCAAGAAGAAGGUGGAUGAUGAUGAUGAAGAGGAGGAUGAGAUUGAUUAUUUUGAAGAUAUUCUUUCUGAUGAGGAUGAAGAAGAAUCUGGAAAAGAUAAAAUCGAGCCAGUUAAAAGUUCCAGAAAUUUGAAAUAUAAAGAUUUCUUUGACCCCAUUGAUGCCGAUGAUGCCUUAGUUAAUGAAAGCGAAAAUGAUCAGGGUGAUGAAGAGGAACAUGACCUGGAAGAGGAGGAUGAAGAAGGCAGCAUUUUUGAUGAGAUUGAGGAAAAUAAUGAAAUGGAAGUAAUGGAGCAGAAUGAGAUACCUAAAGAAGUCUCUAAAAAAGUUACUUUUAACUUACCUGAAGACAGUGGAGACGAAGUUGAUACAGACACACCAAAUGAGAAGAGAACUGAUUCCAUUGGAAUAAAAUCUUCUUUUGAGAAAAGGCAGGAAAAGAUGAAUGAAAAAAUUAAAUCUCUAGAAAAAGAGUUGUUGGACGAAAAACCUUGGCAGCUUACAGGAGAAGUGACUGGGCAAAAACGACCUGAAAACAGCCUUUUGGAGGAAUCUUUGCUCUUUGACCAUGCAGUCAGAAUGGCUCCUGUUAUCACAGAGGAAACCACCUUUCAGCUUGAAGAUAUUAUCAAACAGAGGAUAAAAGAUCAGGCUUGGGAUGAUGUAGUACGUAAAGAAAAACCAAAAGAGGAUGCCUUUGAAUACAAGAAACGUCUAACUCUGGAUCAUGAGAAGAGCAAGUUGAGUCUUGCUGAAAUCUAUGAGCAAGAAUAUUUGGCCCUCAACCGUCAAAAAACUGAAGAGGAAGAAAAUCCUGAACAUGUCGAAAUUCAGAAAAUGAUGGACUCACUUUUCCUAAAACUGGACGCUCUUUCCAACUUCCACUUUAUGCCUAAGCCUCCCGUGCCAGAAGUUAAAAUCGUCUCAAAUCUUCCAGCUAUAAUUAUGGAGGAAGUAGCACCAGUUAGUGUUAGUGAUGCAGCUCUCUUGGCUCCUGAGGAGGUCAAGGAAAAGAGUAAAGCUGGAGAUGUGAAAACAGACACAGAAAAAACCACCACAGACAAAAAACGAGAACGAAGAAAGAAGAAGCUUCGUAGACGUAUGAAGCUAAGGGAAAAGCAGCAGCGUCAAAAACUCCUGGAAAAAACAAAACCAGGAAAAGAGACACAACUCAGCAAACAAGCUGCUGCAGCAAAGUUAAAAAAGCUCACCAAAGAAGGCAAAACAACUUUGCUCAAGGAUGAAGGUAAAGACAAGGCUUUAAAAUCAUCUCAAGCAUUCUUUUCUCAAUUACAAGAUCAAGUGAAAAUGCAAAUUAAAGGUACAAAGAAAAUACAGAAGACACAGCAAAAAAUUUCUGUUAAAAAACUUAAAUUAUAAUACAUUUUAUAUGUCCUGUACCUUGUAUAUAUUGAAGUAAAUAUUUCUAAUUUGCAUUUUGAAAUGUAGCUUUUAUUUUAUAUAGUGCUUGAAACUCUUCUGUAAGUUGAAGUUCCAUUGAAUGUCCUUCCUGCUGCAGGUGUUGAAAAUGUGGACUGUUCAUGCUCUUCUUUCAGCCUU